CGCUGAAAUAUACAGUUCCGUUGCACGAAUUCCCGAUAACGAUCAGAAACAUGGGUAGAUCAACACUGUAUUUGUCUGUGGCCUUCUUGGUCGUUUUGGCGGCCGUCGUCGCACAGGAGUCAUAUUCAGAUAUGUUCGAUCACAUCAAAGCCGAGGAGAUCUUGCCAAACGACGAACUUCGAAAUCAAUAUUACAAUUGCAUCAUGGAGACCGGUCCCUGUGUAACUGAGGACCAGAAAUUCUUCAAAGGGCUUGCCGCUGAAGCGUUUGUAACGAAAUGCCUCAAGUGCACGGAAGUACAAAAGCAGAAUCUCGAAAAGAUAAUCGUAUGGUAUACUGAGAACCGUCCCGACGAAUGGAACGCUUUGGUGCAAAAGAUGAUGGACGACGCGAAAAAAUUGAAUAUUAGUCCCGUUUAAUGUUGCCAAGCGAGCCACUAAUAACGCAUUUCGCUGUUACACGUUUUAUUUUCAAAGAUUUACAGAAGCAGUGAUGGCUUAUCUCUGCCUAGCUUUCAAAGACGUAGUUGUAAUACAAUAAGCACGUAGAUAAAGGCGAGAAUUAACAUUAUGCAUAUUAGCAAUUGUAACCGACAAUAAAAACUGCUCACUAAGAA